AUGGCGGAUAAGACCCAAGACCCUCACACGACACCUGUCGGCCCUUCUUACCGUACUCAACAACAGAAGCCCAGUGCUACCGUCUCUGUCGAUGUCAACCUAGACAAUGUCCAUGUUCUGCCCCAGACCCCUCAGCUCAUUGCCCUACUGUCGAUGAUCCGUAGCAAAGAGACGGAGCGAGCAGACUUUAUCUUCUACUCCAACCGAAUUAUUCGUCUGCUUGUCGAGGAAGGUCUUAACCAUCUGCCCGUCAUUGAGCAUACUGUCACUACGCCUAUUGGUCGUACCUACAAUGGUCUCAUGUUCCAGGGCAAGAUUUGCGGUGUGUCUAUCAUGAGAGCUGGUGAGGCUAUGGAGCAGGGUCUCCGCGACUGCUGCCGCUCUGUUCGUAUCGGAAAGAUCUUGAUUCAGCGUGACGAGGAGACGGCUCAGCCUAAGCUUUUCUACGAUAAGUUGCCCGAGGAUAUUGCUGACCGAUGGGUGCUUCUCUUGGAUCCCAUGUUUGCUACUGGUGGCUCCGCAACCAUGGCUGUCCAAGUUCUCAAGGCCCGAGGUGUGCCUGAGGAGCACAUUCUGUUCCUCAACUUGAUUGCAAGCCCUGAAGGCGUCAAGAACUUUUCUGCCAAGUUCCCUCGCUUGAGGGUCGUAACGGCUUUCAUCGAUGAGGGCCUCGACGAGAAGAAUUAUAUCGUUCCUGGACUGGGAGACUUUGGAGACAGAUUCUACACCAUCUAA